AUCGGGAACAAAUUUCACGAGCUAGGUGUAUUAGUAGAAGACCUUAGCCCAGGUAUUGUGGCCAUUACUGAAACAUGGCUGGUUUCGGGAUUAGAUGACACACCUGAGCUAUGCGGAUUUAGUUGCUUGCGCAGCGACAGAGUUAAGGGUCGUAGAGGUGGCGGGGUUGCUCUGUACAUCAACAACUCCCUACAUGUUCGUUCCGUGAAAUCUGAAGCUCAUGACAGUGGGACAGGUGAGGUAAUUAGCUGUGAAGUAAGCUUUGCAACCGGCACUCUACUCAUUGGAGUUCUGUAUAGAAGUCCCUAUUGUCAGUGUGAUGACUUCAUUUUAGAUCACCUCAAACAAUGGAGUAAACACAGUAGCUGUCUUAUUCUAGGUGAUUUUAAUGCACCUCAUAUAGACUGGGUAGCUGUCACAUCUCCAGGAUCCGCUGAUAAGUUUGACAGCCGGUUACUCUUGACAACCAUGGAAAAUGCCCUGACACAACAUGUCUUAGGUAGUACAAGAUUCGGUUCUACCCAAGGAUCUUCCUUGCUGGACUUAGUGCUUACUCAUGACAACGACGACGUGGAUGGUCUAGUUAUUCAUCCACCUCUAGCAAACAGUGAUCAUGGGGUGUUAGAUUUUAACUUAAGGGCUGGCAAUUUAGUCAGUUUUCAACCCAAAUCCCGGCCUAGUGUUUGGCAUGCUGACAUAGUGGCUAUAAAGGAGCGUGCUUCAACUGCCGACUGGUCAGUCAACAUUGUCUCAUCCAUUGAAGAUGAAUGGGAUAGAUUUAAGAAUACACUUGAGAGGGUUACCACUGAUCUCAUCCCCUGGAGGGUUCCUAAAAGGCCAACAAAUCGGCCACCAUGGAUAAAUAGACAAGCUAUAACACUCCUGAGACGGAGAAAAAGGUUCUGGAAUCUCUUUGUUUCUACUGGGCUACAGCAGUUCCGGCUGAAAUACUGUGAAACCAGAAACCAGUGUAAAACUUUGAUCCACCAGUCAAGGAUAGCUUACGAAACCCAGUUAGUUAAAAGUUCACCAGGCUGCCCAAAAAGACUCUUCUCAUAUAUCAAGAGAAGAACACGUAAGAGUGAUGCUAUCCCACCUCUUAUGCUUGAAGAUGACCAGACAAACAUGGCUGAGGAUAACUUGACUAAGGCUGAGGCUUUGUCCAAGCACUUUAGUCAAGUAUUCUCUGAUAAUAUUGAUACCAGCUUUGUAAAUUUUCCAAAAGGUAACUUGAAAAUGGCACCCUUAUACAUUGGAAAGGAUACUGUCCUAAAGUGGCUUCUAAGGCUCAAUCCUGGUAAGUCCAGUGGCCCUGAUGAACUCCACCCACGUAUAUUAACAGCAUUGGCUGAAAGCAUAGCCGAGCCAUUGUCGGUAAUCUUCAAUAUGUCUCUGGACCAGUCUAAAUGUCCAAGAGACUGGAAAGAUGCCAUCAUUAGUCCGGUCUUCAAAACCGGAUCUAGAAACUUAGUUCAGAACUAUCGUCCUGUUAGUUUGACCAGUAUUGUUGUUAAACUACUAGAAAGAAUAAUUCGUGAUGCUAUCAUUCAGUUCAUUGAAGGGAACAAACUUUUCGCUGUGGAACAGCACGGUUUUAGAGCAGGUCAUUCUUGCUUGACCAACCUUCUUUUGGCCAGAGAAAGUUGGGCAAGCUCAGCUGAUGCUAAUAUACCGGUGGAUGCCAUAUUCAUAGACCUUAGCAAGGCGUUUGACAGGGUUUCUCAUUCAGGUCUUCUAGUAAAGUUAGGUAGUCUGGGAAUCAAUAAAGUGGUUACCGACUGGAUUCAAGACUUUCUAAAGGACAGAAGACAAAGAGUACGAGUUAACGGGGUUUUAUCAACAUGGGAAUCGGUUAAGAGUGGCGUUCCUCAGGGUACAAUUCUAGGCCCACUUCUUUUCCUGAUUUAUGUUAAUGAGAUUCCAUCGGUAGUUAAGUCAUCCUGCUUACUGUUUGCUGAUGACAUCAAGAUAUGGAGGGCUUUGCACGAUGACAGUGAUCAACUUGCUUUGCAGGAAGAUUUAAACUUGUUAAGUGAUUGGUGUAAGCACUGGGCCUUGGAGAUUAACUUAAGCAAGAGUGUAGUUAUGCAUGUAUCCCAUAGUCACGUGCACAAUUACUCAAUGAAUGGCAUUACUCUCCCAGUGGUCACUGAGUACAAGGACUUGGGAGUGGUUGUGCAGCAUGACUUGAAAACAGCAACAAACUGUAGAACUGCAGCCACUAAGGGUUUUCGAAUGUUAUGGGCCAUACGCAAGGCUUUUGCGAACUUUGACGCUGAUAUAUUUCGUAUAUUAUAUCCGACUUAUAUCAGACCUCAUUUGGAAUAUGGGAUCCAGGCAGCGAGCCCGUGUUUCAAAUACGAAAUAGACUUAUUAGAAAGGGUGCAAAGAGUAGGAACUAAGCUAAUAAAGGGUUUCUCAACCCUGUCAUAUGAGGAGAGGUUAAGUCGACUGGGUUUAUUUCCACUGUCAUACAGACGACUUAGGGGUGACCUAAUACUAGCAUACCGUAUCCUAAGAAAUGAUUUUGGAGCUAAUUUAUCUAAAUUAUUUCUUCCUUCUAGCACCAACCAAUUGCGAGGACAUCACCUCAAGGUUCAAAAACCACGGUCGAAUCGUCUGCGUCUGGAGAUCCGUUUUUCGCAUCGAAUUGUGAACCAUUGGAACUCCCUACCGGAACACGUCGUAUCAGCGCCAUCCGUUGAUUCAUUCAAGGCGAGAUUGGACCUCCUGUAUGCAAUAAAUCGAAAGGAUUAACACAGGCAUAUAGCCUACUAUCCUAAAUAAAUUGUAAACUGUAAACU